AUGUCUCUCCAGCUCAUGGAAUCUCAAUUUGUACCUCUGAUCCUCAACUUUUCAUCUCUUUCUCUCCCAGGAGGGGGGAGGAACUGUGGUGUCCAUGAGCUCAUCUGUGCCAGACGAGUCUCUCCUGAGCUUCUGGGUGUCCUGUCUUCCAUUGCAGCCUUCAUGGCGUUGAUGGCUCUGUUUUUUCUUUACCUCAGCAACAAGCUGUCAGUGGAGAGUCCUAACGACCUGUCACAUCUCAGCGGCUAUAAGAACAACCAGCCAGAGGGAGUUGUAUCAGACAGCGAGGAGGAAAAAGACCCCGAGGCCGUGGCCCAGCAGAACACCACCUCUGUGUGGAGCAGCAAACGCAAACAGUCCACUGAGCAGGGAGGCUACAGCAGCGAAGCCUCCAGCGAACGGGCCAACAGCAUCCAGAGAAUAAAGAAAGAUUCCUCCCUCAGCGAGCACAAGCCUCCCCCGUACCAGGACGAGGGCUCGGCGCCGCGAACGUCCUCCCGCUCCCGCCCGGAGAGAGGGGUCAGGAGGGGGUCGUCCCCGCAGCGCUACGACAGCCCCCGCUGCUCCAGCGAGGCCAGCGUGGACCAGGACACUGAGAGCUACCUCAACAAAGGCUGUGAGGAGGACAUACCCAGCGACAGUACAGCUGUGCUGGGACCAGAGGAUGGCUCUGGUCCUCAGCUCCCUACAGCCUAUGAGCCAGAGCCGCUCGCCAAAUACGGCACGCUGGACGUCGCCUUCGAGUACGAUUCCAGUGAGCAGUACUUGGCCGUCACGGUCACCGCCGCAACAGACAUUCCCGCUCUCAAACAGACGGGCAACAUCGCCUGGCAGGUCCACCUGGUCCUGCUGCCCACCAAGAAACAACGGGCCAAGACCGGCGUGCAGAAGGGUCCGUGUCCCGUGUUCACAGAAACGUUCAAGUUCUCCAGGGUGGAACAGGAGGCCCUGGGGGACUACGCGGUUCGCUUCCGCCUGUACAGCAUCAGACGGAUGAAAAAGGAGAAGGUCCUGGGAGAGAAGGUGUUCUACCUGACUAAGCUCAACCUGCAGGGCAAGAUCGCUCUACCUGUCACCCUGGAGCCAGGCUCUGAACUCACAGGUUGCGGCUCUCUGGUGAGCGUGUCUCGCAGUGCAGGAGCUCUGUCCUAUCGCUCUACUGAAGACUCCUCCUUGCCAGAGAUCCUCCUAGGUCUCAUUUACAACUCUGCCACGGGACAGCUGUCUGCUGAGGUCAUCCAGGGAAGCCACUUCAAAACCACAGCGUCCGAAAAACCCGUCAAUGGUCUGUUCUGCUGUAUAAAGCACUUUGUGGGGGGGCAGCUUUAUAUCAUGAGAGACACCUACGUGAAGCUGACCAUGCUGGACUCCAAGGGGAAAGAGAUGUCCAAGUGCAAGACGGCCGUGUGCCGCGGUCAGCCCAACCCCACCUACAAGGAGACGUUUGUGUUCCAGGUGGCGCUCUUCCAGCUGUCCGAGGUGUCGCUGGUGCUGUCGGUGUUCUGCCGCCGGAGCAGCAUGAGGCCCAGGGAGAGGCUGGGCUGGGUCUCCCUGGGCCUCAACAGCUCCAGCGAGGAGCAGCAGGCCCACUGGACAGAGAUGAAAGAGGCGGAGGGACAGCAGGUCUGCCACUGGCACACGCUUACCGACACAUAG